AUGGGUCAGCUCCGGCUAGUGAAUGGCUCCAACCAGUGCUCCGGACGGGUGGAGGUUUGGUACCGCAAUGAGUGGGGAACGGUGUGUGAUGACAACUGGGACAUGAGAGCUGCCUCUGUGGUUGGCCCAAGGACUGCAGCGAGAUCCCUGCUGGCAAGUGCUGGCAGCCCCAGCGGCGUCUACGUCAUCUAUCCGACAGGACUGCACCCCAUCGUGGUGUACUGCGAAAUGAAUGUCACGGAUGGGGGCUGGACGGUCAUCCAGAGGAACCGGCAGAGCACGGAGAUCACCUGGGCUGAGUCCUGGAGCACCUACAAGUACGGCUUUGGGAACGUGCACACCGAGUACUGGCUGGGCACCGAGUACAUCCAUCAGAUCUCCAAGCAGAAUGUCUACCAGGUCAGGUUUCUCGUCUGGGACGCUGCAAACAACAUGAGUUUUGCGGACUACAGCCUCUUCAGUGUGGAAGAUGAGUCCCAGGGCUACCGGCUUCGGCUGGGGAAGGUCUCGGGGAAGAACAGCAGGGAUGCCAUGGCCUCAAACAGUGCUUCCGCCUUCCACGACAACAUGAAGUUCUCUGCUAAAGAUCUGGAUCAGGACAGUCACAGUGGGAACUGUGCCUCCAGCUACGGGGGCGGGUGGUGGUACUCGGCGUGUUAUUCUGUACGGCUGAACGUCAAGGGGGGCAUGACGUGGGGCAGCCUGUGCAACGGGAACUGCAAAGCUUCUGCCAUCCUCAUCAAACCCAUAACCUACUGCUAG